CGCAAAAACUUUUUGCCACGUAACCCAACCCAUGCUCCCCGCCUCACUCUCUGCUCCCCAUUUUGGAGGUGGGAGUGGAAGCUGGGAAGCAGUAGUAAAAUACUCUUCUACUACUAGUCUACUGCCACUCCUCAAAACCCACCCAUUUCCCACCGCUCGGCUCUGUACUCUCUCACUCUAUCGAAAGAAGAAAGAAAGAUUUUGUCUUUGCGGACUUGCAGCAUCUCGGUAGACCCUUGAGUAAGCUCUAAAAGAAACAUUAAUUGUUCCGGGAAGCCCGUGCAUUUAAGACUUUCAGGUUCAAAAGAAGGGAAAGAUGAAGCGCAAGCGUGGAUCCGUUAGACGCAAGCCUAAAAAAACACCAGUGCCAGUUGCUAAUAAUGCAUCUGCAAAUUCUUCUUUUUUGAAUGCUCAAGGUUAUUCUGGGGAUCAUGAUGGAUGUGAUGGAUUUGAUCCUACCAUGGAGGGUGAAACAGCACAUGCAAAUGCCACUUUAAGUUCUUUCCAUCAGGGACUAGAUGAACCAGCCUUUCCUGGGGAGACAAAUGGUGGCAAUUCAAUACAGAAUGGUAAUCUGCUAAAGAGUGUUGCCAGCUUUGCAGCUAAGCUGUCAAGAACUGUUGGUUCAUCAAUUGCCGAGCCAUCUGAUAAAGCACUUCCGUUGCAAGGUGAAAAGUCACAAGGAAAGAAACCAAGACUAUUCCAUCAGGAUCCUCAGAACAAUGAGCAAGAGCUAAAUGCUGCCCUUGUGGUGAUUAAGAAGAUUAUGAAAACAGAUGCAGCUAAGCCAUUUAAUGCUCCUGUGGACCCUGCAGCCUUGGGAAUUCCAGAUUAUUUUGAUGCUAUUGUUUCUCCCAUGGACUUUGGUACGAUAUGCAACAACCUAGAGUUGGGUUUAAAGUACACAGAUGCAGCAGAUGUCUACAAGGAUGUGCAGUUAAUUUGGGAUAAUUGUUCCAAGUACAAUAAGAAAGGUGAUUAUACCCUGGAGCUCAUGAAGCGGGCAAAGAGUAACUUUAUAAAGCACUGGAAUGCAGCUGGUUUAUUCAGGCAUCCUGAAGAAGCUGAUAAUGUACAUUUAGAAGCAGAUCCACAGGAUAUUAAUGGCUGUUUCACAAGGCACAACAAAGAAGGGCAUAUGUUUCCAGCAGGUUCCAUGAUCAACAACUCCAUCCAUCAUGAAAGACCUGAUUUGGUUGGUCUUUACCAGGUGCAGAGACAUGAAUGUUCACCUUGCUUCAGCCACAUGCACUCCCAGCAUAUAUGCUCCCAGUGCCAGUGUGAGUGCCAAUCUUCAGAGUUUCAGUCCUUCCAGCGCCAUCGUAGCAGACGUCGUCCUACUGCAGGUAGGCAUAUGUGUUCCAGUGGACCAAUUAGUGGAGAGCACUACAGCCAGCGGCAGGAUGAGAUUAGGCCCUUCCAAAAACUCUCGUGUCAAUCCUCACCUAGUUGUGGCACUCAAAGCCAUUCCUGUGAGAGACCCUACAAGUAUCAAUCGAACUCUAGCCAUCUCCAACCUUCUAGCCUACUGUCUGGCAGAGAUACUCAAACUGCAGGCCAUGUGCAUUUACCAAUUCAUGGAGUCUCUUUUUCCUCGACAUGCAACAUAUGUGAGCAUGCUUGCAGUUCAGUUCCAAUGGGUUAUAAUUCCAACCACCACAAGCACUAUCAGAUGUGCUCCUGUCCCAUUCAUGAGCAUCAAUCUUUGCUGAGGUGUUGUGAUCAAUAUCAGCAACAUCAGAAUUCUUGUCAGCAUUACUCACACUCAAGUCAGAUGCGGAAUACGGAGCCUGAUGUUAGAGAUGCUGGAAAUGCAGUUGAAUCUACUGUCAGACAUACCGAAGGCAGACUCAGAUAUCCAAUGGCCCCAGUUACUGAUGGUAGCAGCCACCAGCAGCAGUGUCAGAUGGGUCCAAGCCAAGUGCCAUCAUCCCCAACGAUGCAUAGCAACUCAUGUCAGCCUCAGGGAAAGAGGUAUCAGUGCCAGUUAGACUUUGGUCAUUCAGAAAGACCCCUGCCAGAAGACAGGCCAAAUAUUGGUGGAGCAGAACAUUCAAAUAUCCCACCACAUGCAGAAUCUACCAUUAGACAUGAGACUGACUAUUCGGGUAGCCCAGAUGAUAAUGAUGAUAGCAGCGAUGAGCAGGAAUUUCAGCUAGGCCCCAAUGAGUUACAGUCACCCUUAUUGGGCCAGUCAGAUGAGCCAAAGGAAGAUGGCCCCCAAUUUCAACCAAGCUCAAGCCAACCAGAACCUCCCAUGCCGCAGAGUGGGGCUAAUAUGACAAAUGCAGACCACGCUGGUUUGGAGAGAAAAACUCGAGGGCGAGGACCCACACGGUGCCUUAAGUUGUUGGCAGAAGGGAUGCGGAUAUCAGUCACCACAAAUGAACUGGGGCAACCCGUUGGCCCUGAGGCUUCAAAAUUGGUUAGCUUUCUGGGCACUCUUGCAAGGAAUGGAAAUUUGGCACCUCUUACAUACGUUGACUGGAGGGCUGUGCCUGAAGAGAGCAAGGAGAAUAUGUGGGAGGAAGUUUCAGGUAACAGGAACUGUUUCUCUCUUCCUUUGCUCUUUCAAAAACAUUAACUGUUCUCAAUCAUAUGAUGCAGAAGAAGUUUGAAAUUGACCCAAAUAGUAAAAGUUGGGUUAUUAAAUCCCUUGGCAAAAAGUGGAAAGACUGGAAAUCCAAGUUGAAGACGGCACAUUACAUCACUCAUGCAACUGAUGAGGAGAGGCUAGCUGACCGUGAUGAGAGAGUCCUUCCAGAACAAUGGGCCUACCUUGUUUCACAUUGGAGUUCCGAGGAAGCAGAGAAACGGAGUGCUACAAAUAGGGCUAAUCGUGCACAGCAGAAGUUUGGGCACGUUACAGGAACCAAGAGCUUUGCACGGAUACGUGAAGAGCAGCGUGUUAAGAGAUCUGAUGGGAAGGCUCCAUCUCGGGCAGAGCUAUUCAUCUUGACUCGCACGCGCAAAGAUGGAAAGCCUGUAAAUGAAGCAUCCUCUGCUGUAAUUACCCAGCUUCGUGAAAUUGGAAGUCAACGACAGAAUGCCUUCCAGAACAACAAUGCUGGAGGUGACGUCUUCUCUCAGGUUGUGGGUCGAGAUAGACAUGGUCGUGUGCGUUGUCUUGGAUUGGGUCCAUCUCCUUCUGAUUUUGUGGGACAAAAACCUACGCAGCUGAGGCCAUGAAAAUGGUGACAGAGGCGAAUGAUGAGGUACGCCAGAUGAAAGAGCGGUUGGUGGCCAUGGAGCAGACUUGUACGCAGAUGGCACAACAGAUGGCUACUAUGAUGUCGAUGAUGUCAUCCAUGCAGAAAAACUCGACAGCUGACAAUGUGCCUGAUGUAGUUGUUAAUGGCUCAGGCAAUUCCGAAGGUUCACCAGAUCAGCAAGUACAAUCCUUGCCAUUAAGACGCUCAGUAGAAAAGGCAAAUUUUAGGCGUGCAGCUGCUAAAGGAGCUUUAGUCGCCCUCUUCAGGAAAUGCAAAAUACUAUAUUAU